AAAUACAUGGCUUGCUGUUUGAUGUACCGUGGUGAUGUCGUCCCCAAGGACGUGAACGCGGCUGUCGGAACGAUCAAGACCAAACGUACCAUCCAGUUCGUUGACUGGUGUCCGACUGGGUUCAAGUGCGGUAUCAACUACCAGCCACCGACCGUUGUCCCAGGAGGAGAUCUCGCUAAGGUGCAGAGAGCUGUGUGUAUGAUCUCCAACUCGACGAGUGUCGCUGAGGUGUUCUCGAGGAUUGAUCACAAGUUCGAUCUCAUGUACGCGAAACGUGCGUUCGUUCACUGGUAUGUCGGUGAGGGUAUGGAGGAAGGAGAGUUCUCAGAGGCUCGUGAGGACCUUGCGGCGUUGGAGAAGGAUUAUGAGGAGGUUGGUGCUGAAGGCGGUGAUGAUGAGGAUGACGAAGGCGAGGAG